UCUUCCUUUAUAUACAGACACAGCUGUAGUUUUGCAGCGAUAACCACUUACACUUAACUGUAAGCAUGUACUCCCAAACCUGACAACAGAUCUCUUGUAUAUCAGCUGGCUAAUUAAAGUUGUGAAUGUAAAGAGGAGAAAUUUUAUUUCCAUAAUUUAAUAAAAAUAUUUGUAGGAUAGUUGAUGUUAAUAUAAUAUACCUAAAGCCAAAAUGACAAAAUUUCUAAGAAAUCACAAAGCUGAAGUUUUCAUGAUCAUUCAAAUCUUCUUCACGCUGGCUACAGUCACCACGUGUUCACCAGGUGUCGUAAAUAAUAGUAAGGUGCAUGAUCUGGAUAUGUUGGACGAAGUUCUGAAAAACUACGAUAGAAGAGCUCUGCCGACAGGAACAGAAGGUAUACCAACAGUUGUAUCCUGUGAAAUUUUUAUAAGGAGUUUCGGAUCUAUCAACCCGUCAACAAUGGAUUAUGAAGUGGACCUCUACUUGCGUCAAACGUGGUAUGAUCAUCGCUUGAGACAACCGCACCUAGUGAAACCACUGGAUUUGAACGAUCCUAAAUUAGUGCAAAGAAUAUGGAAACCUGAAGUAUUUUUCGCCAAUGCAAAACAUGCCGAGUUCCAGUACGUCACAGUACCGAACGUGCUUGUCAGAAUUACACCUUCAGGUGAAAUUUUAUAUAUGUUAAGAUUAAAACUGCGUUUCUCCUGUAUGAUGGAUUUGUACCGCUAUCCCAUGGAUUCGCAAGUUUGCACUAUUGAACUGGAAUCUUUUUCCAAGACGACCGAUGAACUUCAUUUGAAAUGGACAGAUAAUCAUCCUGUCAUGCUAUACGACAACUUAAAGCUGCCCCAGUUCGAAAUCGAGAGAGUUAAUACAUCUAUCUGCAAAGAAAAGUUCCAUAUCGGAGAAUAUAGUUGUCUCCGGGCUGAGUUCUAUCUCCGUCGAUCUGUCGGCUAUCAUCUCGUUCAAUCUUACUUGCCUACUAUAUUAAUAGUGGUCAUCUCGUGGGUUUCAUUCUGGUUGGAUGUGAAUGCUAUCCCUGCGCGUAUAACUCUGGGAGUGACUACCUUGCUAACUAUUUCCUCUAAAGGCGCUGGAAUUCAGAGCAAUUUACCUCCUGUAUCUUACGUGAAAGCAAUGGAUGUCUGGAUGGGCGCCUGCACCACAUUUGUUUUCGCUGCACUUCUUGAGUUCACUCUUGUUAACUACAUGUGGAGGAAGCGUCCCGAAACUCUGCCAGGUAGAUCCAUGCCAACGAUUAUAGCCGUGAAAGCAUCUAAGGCAGUGCUGGAUACAGAAAAGGGAGAUGUGCCGGCUGUGUCCCCAGUGGUUCAAACAACAGCCAGAUUUGACACCAAGCUACAUGCCAAGCGUAUUGACAAAAUGAGCCGUGUUGUAUUUCCAGCCCUCUUCCUUGGAUUUAAUAUUGUGUACUGGAUGUAUUUUAUGUGCUAAAUGUACUGUAUAUUCCUACUAUUUAUUCUGCGCUUAUAAGCUUUUCUCGUCUUAAUUCGAAUUUAUUGUGAGGUACAUGUAAUGGCACUGACUGUUUAUGUAGAUGAAUAUUCUUUCUAAAUCGGAAUGUGUUAUAUUUUAGACAUUUGAACGAAGUGUAUUUAUUUUACUUAUAGAAAUUUAUUUAUUGUGUAUUGCUCAUUAUGACUAAAGGAAGUUUCAGGUUGUGUCAAGUAAUACUAAAAAAUUGUUCCCCUGUUUGUAGAUAAAACGUACACAACAUUAAAACAAAGCAGAGUGUAUAAAAGCAUUUAUUUUUUAGCUUUUCGGUCACUAAAUUUUAAUUUUCUACCACGUAAAAAUGUGUACAUUUUUGAAAAUAUUUUCAGUGCGGUAAUGUACUUAAAUUGAAAUCUGUUUCGUUGUAAAUAUUUUGACAUAUUUUUCAGUCUUCUUGAAAAAAAGAAAUUGGAAUUCUGUAAAUGUUGUGAACAGUAAGUUUAGAAGUUGUUCUGUUUUUAUUGCUGAUGAGUAUUGUUUGUUUUGUUAAAAUGAAAUGAAACAUGCAUUUAAUUUUCUAGAGAACUGCUAUUAUCACUAUUUUUCAAUUUUGUGUACAUGUAUUUCAAUGAGGAUUUCAAUUUUAUGCAGUUUAAUAAUUUUCCAACUAUUAUGUAAUGCUCAAUACUUCAAUGAAUGCAUUACGUCUCGCAAAGAAAUUUUUGUAAUAAGCAGGCAAAAUUUUCAUAAAAACGUAAGACAUUUUUAAAAAAUGCUCAAAUAUUUUAAAAACGUACUAGGUCAAUCUGUGUAAACAAAGCCAGAUAUUAUAAAAAUCCGAAAUGUAACUAACUGUUUUUUUUUACAACCAAUAGAAUGGUGGUGCUUUCAGAACUGCAUGAAUUAUUCUUUGAAGAAACAGGAGUUAAUUAUUCAAAUUUCGAUACAGUUUUGUAUAAACUUAAAACAUUUUUAAUAGAAAUAUAAAUGCAUUUAACAUAACAUUAUAAAACAAAUAUAAAUUUUCAUGCAAAAUUAAGCGCGAAACUAUCGCACUCUUAAUUGUAUGAUAAGAAUUAAGGGAAGUAAAGUUAACUAAAUGCAGUAUGUAAACAAAUGAGCCAUGAAAAAUGAGUUUAUCAUUAUAGAUUUAAACACUGUUAAAAUUGUAUAAUACUCUAAGAAUUCAAUGAUCUUUUUUAUGAGCAUAAAACAUAUAUUUCAAAUAUAAGCGUGAGCGUUUAAUUAAUUAAUUUAAUAAAACUUGUUAAUAACUAAUUAUGUAAACUACUAAACUUUUUUAAACUUUAAAAGAUACUAAAAUAAAUCUAGUAAAAGUUUAUAAUAAUAAAUUACAGACUAUAUUACGUAUUAUAUUUAAGUCAAAUAUUUGUCCCAUUCAUUAGUUAAAGUAAGUAAUGGGCAUACUUUUAUUCAUACUUUUCUUGCUCGUAGCUGAAUAAAGUCUAGAACAGUGGUUCGCAGCUUUUAUUGCCCCAAGCGUACCGUUUCAUCAUUGAUAGACGAUUAUUCCGCCGCUUUGCAAAACUCUAAAAAUACAUACACAAUUUUUUAAAUCUUCUGAUGGCCACCAGCGAGCUCAGCUGGCAUUCCGUUUACCCACCGCUGUGGGCGCAAAUGAACACAGCUCACAUUAAAAAUUUACGAUAAACAGAUACACUACGUAUUUGGAAGAAAGAACUGCUUAAUCUCGCAAUCGCCGAAGGGUUAAAUUUAGAUUAUUGUUUAACAUGUUUUCAUAAAUUAAAAAUAAAAAAACAUCGGAAAUAUUGAUAAGUACCAAAAAUUGAAUAAAAGUAGUUUUUAAUACUUCUAAUCUAAAACUAAAAAUUAACAGGUAAAUAAAAGACUCAACCGCAUUCUCCCUUGAAGCUAUGAAAUUCCUUUCCAAGGAAGUCCCUCCCCCCUUCGCUUGAGAACUUAGUUCUAGAAUUGCUCACUUUUGAUGAAUACAGUGUAUUUUUUAUGAAAUAAAUUUCUUUUCCCUCAUUUUUAAAUAGUAAAUAUUCAUGCAAUAAUAUUAAUAUCUCUGUAUCGAUAUAUAAGUAUGACAAAAUAUGUAUAGGGAUUCAAAAAUAAUUUGCAUAAAAGACGAAAUUUCAUGUAUAGGAUUUUUAUUAGUAAAUAAGUUAAGAAUAUUUUUUAACUUCAUUGGGAAACAAUUAGCUUUAGUGUUUAAUAGUAAGACAUUUACCACCAUUUUAGUACAUCCGUGUAAAACCUACUACUUUAACUUUGUUCGCAGGUAUUGUUUCAUGCCUUUAACUAUUUCAUAAACAGUUUGAAAUAACUUUUGAAUUUAUUUGUUAUGCUUACUUUAAACAAGUACUAACUUUAAACAAAACGUAAUCUGGUUACUUCACUAAUCAACGAAGCAAAUUAACGGUACUCGUACGUCCAAACUAUGAUUUACCAGUGUUUGCUUUGCCGCAUAAAAUGAGGUACAAUUUAUUAAGGGCAUCACUUUUAUGGCAAGUUAAAUUGUAUAUUAUGUUUCGCUAUUUACUUGCACCAAAGGAAUUAUUUAUAGAAAAGUAGCGCACAAAAGAAAAUUUUUGCUUAAAAACAAAUCAUUUUAGAGACAUUCCAAAAAUGAAGUCUUUGAUUCAGUUAAAAAAAGGGUUUAAACAGUAAAAGGUCUGACAGAAAUUGGUUUGGAUAAAUUUUACUUACGGUAAAGAUGCUUCCUAAUGGACGGAAAGGUUUCCUGGAGGAAUUUCCAAGAGCAGCUGGCUCAUAUUUAUAUACGUGUAACGUUAGUCAUAUUAAAAGCGUUCAUUCCCUGAAAAACGACUGUGGGAAGAACUAUAUGUUUUCUUGAUUUAAGUCAUUCAUCCGUGCCAAAAAUGUAACAGUUAGAUUAUGAAAAAUCGUUAUUGCAUAUUAACUAUCACUGCAUUGACACUAUUGAUAUGUAUCUAACGAUCGAAUGGAAAGUGAUGCAAUAUUAACAUGUGAUGCAUAUUGAAAUCCUCAUGUGAGAUUGACUUUGUUUAUCUUUAUAACAAUUACGUUUUAGAGUUUUUGUACAGAUUUUUAAUUUAAGAAGGAUACUUCAACUAUAACGAAGUAUUGCAUGGAUGCUUUGUAAAUAAUGGAUACGUUUUUGGCCUGAGUCAGAAAUAAUGCUUUCAAAUUUUAGUAACUGUCAUAAAAGUCUGAUAGCGUAAAAUAUUCUAAUUACAUAUUAAAUCAGUUCUCUGAUAUUGCUUCAUAUAGCGAUCAUUUUUAUCAUUAUUGUCAAAAAUAAGACACUAGUGGUUCUAUGUUAUUAGCUGAAGGCGAUUCUUCAGGAUGCGGUGAACUUAAAAUUCCGUAAGCCCUAAAGUUCAUUGUAUUAAACUAAAACGUCGCCUUAGAAAAGAAUUUAAAUAGCAAAGACCUUAAAUUGGUUCAAAAUAUGGAAGUAAUGAAAAGAGGGCACAAAGACUGAUGAUAUCAAAAUCUCUUGUUCCUAAAUACGGUUCUAAAAAUUCUGCAAUAGAACCAUAUGGCAACAAUUCCAGUCCUAGUCAGUGUGCAUUUGAUAAUUUAAAGGUUUUCUAAACGUGAAUUCUUUUUGCAAAACUGACACUGCAGAAAACAGAAGCCCGCCGACUAUUAUUGUUCCUAUUUUGCAAUAAAAUAUACAGGCAGACUGAGUAGAAAUUGAAAUAAAGGACAGUUUGAAUUACGCUGAUUUUAAUUUAAUUUGCGUAAUUUAAUUAAUUCAAUUAAGUAAGUCAUCUAAUAGUAUGUGACAUUGUAUGCAAUAAUACAGUAUUUUAAAAUUCCAUAUAUGAAUCUAAUGGAGUUCUAAAUAUUCUAGUCAUCAUACUGAGAGAUAAUCUUUUACUAGAAUUUAAAAGGCUAGUGUACAAAAGUGUAGCUGCGCUAGUGUAAUAUAUUCUCUUAUCAAACAUAUCAGCAGGAAUUUUAAUUUACCCUCAAAAGUAAUUCAAAAUUUUCCAGCCACAUUCUACAGAACCUUUAGUCUGAACUUGAAGUUUCAAUUAUUUGGUAUCGUUUAAUUUUACCAUACGAAUUAAAAUUCAUAUUUCUUCGAAGUACUUCAUUUUUGAACAAAAUCAUCAUGAAAGUUAUAAGCAUUCGGAGCAAUGUCACCAUUACUUUGACAUUUAACCUUCAUAUUCGACUCAACAACAAUCAAAAUACUGCUAAUUUUUAUAAGGAGUUAAAAUCCGUCUACAGAGUAAUAUAUGUUACAUAUAAGAGCAAAUGGGAAAAUGUUUUAACUUUGGUGUACAUAAUCAGAGAAGAUCGAUCAGAUAAACACUAGUUAUGAUAUAAAAAUAAAAGAUAACUAGUUUAUCUUAUUUUAAUUAAUAAGCGAAAGACAUCAGGUCCUUAAAGUAGUUGAACUUUGGUUACUUGUUGCAGGUUGUAGUUAUUUUCCUUAUUUAUUAAAAACAUUAUAUAUAGUAUAUGUAAUGAGCCUUUGAUGUAUAAAGUAGUUGAAUUAUGUUGUUAAGUGAAAUCCAUUACUCAUUAAAAUGCAAACUGCAUCCUAAGUUUUAAUUUCACCAUUAUGUUUACUUCAACAGCGAAGCUGAUUAGCUGAUUAAGAAGAUUUUCUGUAAAAUGCAGUCAUGCAUUUAAUUCUGUCUUUUGUGUCAAUUGCUGUAAUUUUUGUGCAUGAAACUCUGUUCCCUAGGUGAAUUCGUAGUACGCUUACAUAUGACUUUUGCAACUAUAACUAAACCAGUAUCAUACUACAAGAAAAACAACCAGGUAAUACAACGCAAGCGUUAGAAACUACUUCGGAUUUUGUUUAUAUUUUUCAGGUAGACAUUUUGCAUCCUGAACAUAUGAAGUAUUCUGUGAUUCUCAAAAGUAAAUUUUUAAUUGACUUUAUUUUCAUCUGUGAUCAUAUAAAACUCCUAAUUUUAAUUGUAUCAUAAUAUGUCUCACAUAGAAUAUUGUAAGAAAUAUAUGAUGUAAAUUUUAAUGCUGCUAGUAAAUAAAUAAAAAUAUCAUUGGUUACUGAA